AUGUGCAGUGCAGGCAACGAUCGAGGAAUCAGCGCACAGAAACCCCCGCAUCCUGCGGCGUGUGCCUCUGAUGUCAACGCGGCGAAUAGUACAGGCGUUCAACAGAUGCUUUUGGGCGCGCCAGGGGGCCUCAGCACGGACAUCCUCGCUAGUAACGUCCCCGAUAAUAUUGACGAGUCACUGUUUCUUCCUCAUCCAACGCAGACCACUGCUGGUGCGCUGGCUGUUGUUUCUAACAAUAACAAUAAUACAAACGCUUUUGGCAGAUCUUUUUCCAUCUACGAGCCUGGCAAGGGCGACCAAUCGCUGCUGCUCCACCAUGCGGAUCCGACGUCCAUCCCCGCUACAGGUGCGGAGCUCGUGCACUACCAUCGUCCUUCUAAUCGAAGCACCGCCGCCACUCAUGACGCCGCCACGUUUGCAUCUGACUGCAAGCCAACGCCACGUGUCAACGCGGCGGAUUUCGCGAAUUACCCAGCUCCGAGCUUCGCUGGCGCGUCUGGCGUGGCGGGAAGCGCGUACGCGGCAGUGAAAUCCGACGAGAAUCCUCUCAAAUUCGCGUCAACUCAGCAACAUGACGAUCGGAGCGCGGGCAUGCACUCCCGACAACAGCCAGAACAAGAGAUGCAUUUUGACGAGAAAAAUGUGUCGCAGAGGACGGGAGGGGAGGGAGGAAGGGGGUUGGGUUGCGACAAUGUGGUAACCACCGAAGCAGCACUCGCUGACGACGGUUUUUUCGCUUCUAUGCUUGAUGACAUUGAUUUCGCACCCGUUGUUGUUGGGUCCGCGACAGACCCACCUUUCCCCUUCUGCCCGCCCAACUCCCAUCCUCCCCUCCUCACUCCCAUCAUCCCCUCCUCACUCCCAUCCUCCCCUCCUCACUCCCAUCAUCCCCUCCUCACUCCCAUCCUCCCCUCCUCACUCCCGUCAGCCCCUCCUCACUCCCGUCAGCCCCUCCUCACUCCCAUCACCCCCUCCUCACCCACCCUCCCUAUCCCCCACACAAGCACACAAAUUCAUCUCACCGCUUUCCCCAUCAAUUCCGUCAGCAGGCAUCCAUCUCCAGUUACUAGCACACCACACCUCGUUACCAGCACGCCCCUGCCCGACCCUACCAGCAGUCUCGCCCAGCAGCAUCAGCAGCAGAAGCGGUAUUCUCCUUCCCCUCUAGGCUCUGGUGGUUUUGCUGAGGUGGCAGACGAGGAGGAGGAGGAGGAGGAGGAGGAGGAGGAGGAGGAGUACCAAUUCGUUGACUCGGAAGACCCGCUUGACUCUGUGCUUCCCGCUCUGGCGCUGCUAAGGUUGCAGAAGCAGCAGAAAAAGCAGGAGGAGGAGGUGGAGGAGGGAAAAACGGGAUACUUGAGGCUUCUUACCAAUGAUAAAGACGGGGGAAGUAGCGAGGGGGGUGAAGAGGACGAGGCAGAAGGGGGAAUUGGUGGGGAGGGUGGGGAAGCUGACAGCGAGGAAGGGGCUGCUGAUUUCAACGACAGGGAAAGCAUAGAGGAGGAGAAGGUCGAACAGGAGGCAGGGGUAGGGGAGGACGGAGAGGAGGAGAGGGAGGAGGGAGAGGAGGGGGAUGACGAGGGGAGUGAGGAGGGGAGCGAGGAGGAACAGCUGAAGGCGAUGAGUCUGAGAGACGUGUACAGGCGGUGCUUUGGAGAGGAGGUGGUGCUGCGGAGGAGCUCAGACGAGGGCGAUGGGCACGGGGGUGGCCCAGGGGCGGGUGGGAGGGGCGACGGACAGGGCAGCGUACAGGGGGGUGCGCAGGGGGGUGGGCAAGGGGGCGCGCAGGGGAAUGGCAAGGGGAAUGGACAGGGCGUGGGAGACUUGAGUACCAAAGGGAACAUCCAGGGGAGUGAAAGGAGUGGACAGCAACAGCAGCGGCAUCAGGAGAGUCACGGUCUGAACGAUGCAAUGUUCGCCUCUGGUGGUGACAUUGGAGGGGUUGACUAUAUCGGGGGCUUGCUGGACAUGAUGGACGGCCUGGAUGGGCUCGCAGGAAUGGACGGUCUGGAUGGGCUUGACGGCUUGGAAGGGAUUGAUCUCAUGGAUGGAAUGACUGGUCUGGGAGAUUACCAAGGCGUUGCAGAGGGAGAUGAUGAAAUGCAGGGUAAUGGAGGGUUCGAGGGAUAUCCAUGCACGGAAGGGGAACCGCUGGUAGCAGCACAGCAGGAUACUACUGAGGUUCAGGAGUUUAAUGGGCCUCCUCGGAAACAGGAGGAGGAAAACUACUUCUGUGAUGAAGUAGAGGAUUACUACAGCGAGGAUGAGGAGGGAGACUAUCUCAGAGGAAAUGGAGAAGGUGUUGAGAGGUAUGACACAGCAGGGUAUGACAUGGUAGGUCUCUUCGUCGCCAUGGCUGCGUCUACCAGCAUUGCCGCUGGCUCGUCCCUGAAGCUCACAACCUCCUCGCUUGGCGCGAAGUCCUCUUCUUUCCAGGAAUUUUCCGAGGGCUCCAUUAGAAGCAUCUCCCUCAAGAGCACCAAGCCAGCAGUGAGCAAGGCACAGUCCCGUCAGAAUGCCAAUGGCAAGAACCGCAUGGUGGUUAAGGCCAUGGCGCCUAACGCGCUCGUGGACAUCAACGCAGCUGAUGAAGUCAAGUUCAAGGCGCUUGUCUCUCGCCGCGUCGUCUUCGACCAUGCCGACUGGAAGAAACACAAAUCGAGCGGCCGUUACUUCAAGCACCUGCGCACCAUCCUGACCUCCAAGGUCAUCGGCGCGCUGGGCCCGCCUGUGUCAGUGAUGACGGGCAUCGCAGCGGCGGUGGUGGGGUGGAACGAGAUGGUUGUGAUGGGUAUUCUGCCCGAGUGGGCUCCCGUGCUGCACAUCUCCAACCUCCCCUUCAGCCUCACCGCGCCUGCUCUUUCCUUCCUCUUGGUUUUCCGCACCAAUGCCAGCUACGGCCGUUUCGAUGAGGCUCGCAAGAUGUGGGGGCUCAUGCUGAAUCGCACGCGCGACAUCACGCGACAGGCGCUGUCGUACAUGGCGCGCGACCAGUACACGUACGAGUACCCCAAGCGCGCUCAGUUCAUCCGCCAUCUGCAGGCGUUCCCCCUCACCUACAAGCACCACUUCAUCCAAGAGGGCUCGCUCGAGGAGGACCUCAGGGAUUUGACCAGUCUGACUGACGCGGAGAUUGCGGGAGUGCUUAACGCCACCCAUCGACCCAAUUACGUGCUUCAGAUGAUGUCAGAGUGCAUGCGCUCGUGCACCAUGGAGCCCGUCAACCGCCUCGCCAUGGAGGCCAACUUCGCGACGUUCGCGGAUGACAUCGGAGGCAGUGAGCGUCUCUUCAAGACGCCCAUCCCGCUCUCCUACACGCGCCUCACCUCGCGCUUCCUCGUCCUCUACCACAUGUUCCUGCCUUUCGCUCUGUGGGACCCCCUCGGCUGGCUCACCAUCCCAGUGACUGCCACGUGUGCGGCCAUCUUUUUCUGCAUCGAGGAGGUCGGAGUGCUUAUUGAAAACCCCUUCCCCAUCCUGGCACUCGACGUCAUCGCUCAAUCGGCACGGAACAAUGCCGCUGAGCUCGUGUCGCUGCAUGAGGGCAUCCGCAACCUAGUGGUGGAGGACGACCUGGAGAUGAAGAUGCUCUCAGCCGUCUCCCAAGAGGCGCUGUUGCCUCAUGCCCCUCAGUUGUCAACGGCGACAAACGGGAAACAUUCACCUUGUGCAUCAUUGAACUAG